ACGACAUGCUGAUUAUGGCCGAGACUCAGGAAAUGGCCAAAUGUCAUGCAGCUACGACAGUGAACCUUCUAGAAAGCCUGGGGUUCACCAUAAAUUACCAGAAAUCAGUUCUAAUACCAACAACAACUAUAGAAUUUCUGGGAUUUCUUGUAGACUCAAAAACCUUGACUUUAUCUCUUCCAAAGGAGAAGAUAAAGAAAGCCAAAAAAGCAUGUCAGUCAAUUCUAGACAACCCACUGCCAUUAAUACAACAACAUUCCCAACUUUUGGGCUACCUAACGUCCACCAUUCAGGCAGUCUUCCCUGCACCAAUUCAUUUUCG